CGUCUGUCCAGUGGCUGCAAUUGGUCGCAUGAACGUUUUUUUCCCCCGGACUCAACACUAAAGGAUGAAAUGAGGAGCAGAGCUGAAGAGCUGAGGGAAUGGACGAAUAAAGACAGACGAAACACGCACACGGAGAGCGCUGUGAGCCAUCUGACUGACGCUGCGAGAAGAUACGAGUGAAGUCUGACCAUCGCAAGACGCGGAAAUUUGGAUCACAUUUAGAUCAAGUGGAUUUCACUGAAGCGAAUGGUGUGAAAGGUGCAGGGCAAGCAUCACUCACAUGGCUAUAAGGAUGCGGGUGUCGGGAUCGAGGAUUAAGCUGUGGUGUCCGCUUAUCUCGCUGGCACUGAUUCAGUUUCUCACCCCUGUUUCGGCUCAAGUUCCAGCUCCAAGAAGACUUCGAUUUAAAGUCCUGAGUGCAGGCCGGCUACUUGUCUCAUGGAAGGAACCAAAAGGAGAAUAUGAAGGCUACAAAUUUAUAUAUAACAGUGAACCAGGUGGGGAAACAACCGAGUUGCAAAUUGCAAGGGGAGAGAAUAAAGCAAUAAUAAAGGAUUUUAAUCCCAGGAAGGAGUAUUCAGUCAAGGUUAUAGCUGUGAGUGGAAACCUGCACAGCCGAGCACUUCAGGGAAAAUAUGCUGAAGACCAGAGCAGUGAUGGAGACACCACUCAACCUCAAAGACUGAAAGAACCAGGACCUGUGGAUGAGGGCAAUGAGAUCUCAGGAGUGGAUCAGUUUGUCUGCACAACUUCUGCCAUUGCGGAUAUUGUCAUCCUGGUCGAUGGAUCUUGGAGUAUUGGGCGAAUCAAUUUCCAUCUGAUUCGUAUGUUCCUUGAAAACCUGGUCAAUGCCUUCGAUGUGGGAAUAGACAAAACCCGGAUAGGACUGGCCCAGUACAGCGGCGAUCCACGGAUUGAGUGGCACUUGAAUGGCUUCAGUACAAAAGAUGCAGUAAUAGAUGCUGUCAAAAACCUGCCGUACAAGGGAGGCAACACUCUCACAGGUCUUGCGCUUACCUACAUCCUGGAGAACAGCUUCAAACCCGAGUCUGGGGCUCGUAGUGAUGUUCCCAAAAUUGGAAUUCUGAUAACCGACGGCAAAUCCCAGGAUGACGUUAACCCACCUGCUCAGACCCUGAGAAGCGCUGGAGUCGAGUUAUUUGCCAUUGGUGUGAAGAAUGCUGAUGAGAACGAGCUGAAGGCCAUCGUCUCUGAACCAGAGGAAACACACGUUUAUAAUGUGGCAGACUUCAGUAUCAUGAGCACUAUAGUGAACGGUCUGACCAGAAAGGUGUGUGAUGGAGUGGAACAACAAGACAAAGAUAUUAAACGAGAUUCUUCCACUGAAGAGACGGCAUCUCCACCCCAGGACUUGGUCACUUCUGAGGUGACUGCACACAGUUUUCGUGUGUCUUGGACUCGUGCGUCUGGCGGUGUGGAAAAAUAUCGGGUUGUUUACCAUCCAACUGGAGCAGAUAUUCUGGAAGAGAUUGUGGUGGGCGGCACGGAGAAUUCAGUCGUCCUGCAGAAUUUGAACUCUCUGACUGAAUAUGAGAUUGCUGUGUUCGCUGUGUACCGCAGCGCAGCGAGUGACGCUCUGAGAGGCAGCGAGAUCACGCUUGCUCUACCAACAGUGAGUGAUCUCGAGGUGUACGACGUGACAGACAACAGCAUGAGAGCCCGCUGGAGGGAUGCAGAAGGGGCUUCUGGGUACAUGAUCCUUUACGCUCCACUGAGAAGUGAGACUACAGAUGAAAGAGAGCUAAAGGUGGAUGAGUCGGUGACUGAUGUGGAACUGACUGAAAUGAUUCCUGACACAGAGUACACCGUUACAGUCUAUGCCAUGUUCGGAGAGGAGGCCAGUGAUCCCAUUACUGUUCAGGAUACCACCAUGUCCCUGAGACCUCCACGUAACCUGCGGGUCACUGAAGUUGACCACAGCUCUGUGCGACUCAACUGGGACACAGUGUCCAGUAAGGUUAAGGGCUACCGUGUCGUGUAUAUGAAGACAGAUGGUGUCCAGACCAGUCAGAGGAUGCUGAAUGGAGCUGAGGACUCAUAUGUGAUUCAAGACCUGAGUCCUUUUACAGAGUAUAAGGUGUCACUCUCAGCCAUCUAUAAAGACGAAACGGAGAGCAGCCCUGUGGUUGUGCUUGAGAAUACAUUGGGCUGGACCACAGAAGUUCCCACCACUUUUCCCUCCACUACAGCAUUUGUUCAUCUGGGAGUGAGUAACCUGUGGGUGGACGAGGAGACACCCUUCAGUAUGCAAGUGAACUGGGAGGUACUGGACUCAGACGUGGAGCAGUACAAAGUGACAUAUGUCAGUGCAGACCGCACAGAAGGGACAGUGUUUGUCUUGGGAAACAGAAGAAGCGUGAUCCUGCAACCUCUCCUCUCAGACACAAGGUACAAGAUCACAGUGACCCCUAUUUAUGCAGAUGGAGAGUCCACAGCUCUGUCUAAGGCCUCUAACGGCAAAACACUGCCACUUUCUGGACCCAGUAACCUCAGAGUGUCUGAUGAAUGGUAUAAUCGCUUCCGCAUCAGCUGGGAUGGCCCUCAGUUCCCCACUUUGGGUUACAGAGUCAUCUAUCAGCCCAUCUCUGUGUCAGGUCCGGCUCUAGAGACGUUUGUAGGGGAUGAUGUGAACACCCUGCUGAUCCUCAAUCUGUUGAGUGACACCGAGUACAGCGUUCAGGUCAUCGCCUCCUACACCACCGGCUCCAGCCAACCCCUCACCGGCAAGGGCAAAACAUUGUUCCUGGGGGUGAAGAAUCUCAGCACGUACCAGGUGCUCAGUAGCAGCUUGUGUGCCCAGUGGCAACCUCACCGCCACGCCACCGUCUACAGAGUCGUCAUCGAGUCACUGCUCAACGGUCAGAAACAGGAAGUGAGGGUCGGUGGCGGUGCAUCCAGAGAGUGCUUCUUCAAUCUUUCCCCCAACACCCAGUACAAGAUCAGCGUCUACACUCUCUUACUGGACACAGAGGGUCCUGUUGUCACCACCAUGGCGACAACCGCUCCAGCACCCACCCAGCCACCGACCGCACCACCCACCACCAUCCCUCCUCCCACCAUCCCCCCAGCCAAAGAAGUUUGCAAAGCAGCCAAGGCAGACCUUGCCUUCCUUGUAGAUGGCUCCUGGAGUAUCGGAGAUGACAACUUUCAGAAGAUUAUCCGUUUCCUGUACAGCACAAAUGGUGCACUUGAUGUGAUUGGCCCCGAGGGAACACAGGUGGCCAUUGUUCAGUUCAGUGAUGACGCCAGAACAGAGUUCAAGCUCAGCUCCUACAGCGAUAAGGAGGCUCUGCUGGACGCCGUGCAGCGCAUCACCUACAAGGGAGGAAACACCAAGACAGGUCGAGCCAUUAAGCAUGUGAAGGAGGCCAUCUUUGCUGAGGACGCGGGCGUAAGGAGGGGCAUUCCUAAAGUGCUGGUGGUGCUCACGGAUGGGCGAUCUCAAGAUGAUGUCAACAAGAUCUCUAAGGAGAUGCAGAUGGAAGGCUACAUUAUCUUUGCCAUUGGCUUCGCUGAUGCUGACUACGGGGAGCUGGUGAACAUUGCCAGCAAACCAAGCGAGAGACAUGUGUUCUUUGUGGACGAUCUGGAUGCCUUCAAGAAAAUUGAAGAACAGCUCAUAACUUUUGUUUGUGAGGCUGCGACUGCCACUUGCCCCUCGAUGUUAAUGAGCGGGAACACUUUAGCAGGCUUCCGUAUGAUGGAGAUGUUUGGUUUGGUGGAGAAGCACUACAGCAGCGUGCAAGGUGUCUCACUGGAGCCUGGGACUUUCAACAGCUACCCCUGCUAUCGGUUGCACAAGGACGCCCUCGUCUCUCAGCCUACCAGGUAUCUACAUCCUGAAGGCCUUCCCUCUGACUACACUAUAUCUAUGCUGUUCCGCAUACUGCCUGAAACUCCUCAGGAACCUUUUGCAUUGUGGGAAAUCCUUGACAAAAACAAUGAGCCACUUGUGGGCAUUAUCCUGGAUAACGGAGGGAAAACAUUAACCUUUUUCAAUUACGACUACAAGGGAGAAUUUCAAACAGUGACUUUCGAAGGAAGUGAAAUUAAGAAGAUUUUCUAUGGUAGUUUCCAUAAGCUUCAUGUGGCCAUCAGCAAAACCGCUGCUAAAGUGGUGAUUGACUGCAAAACGGUGGGAAAGAAAUCCAUCAACGCAGCAGGGAACAUCACCAUUGAUGGAGUGGAGGUUCUGGGACGCAUGGUCCGCUCACGUGGAAAGAAAGAUAACUCAGCGCCGUUUCAGCUCCAGAUGUUUGACAUAGUCUGCAGUACAUCAUGGGCCAGUCGGGAUAAGUGCUGUGAGCUCCCAGGCUUGAGAGUAGAAGAAGACUGUCCUGCCAUGCCCCAUGCCUGCACCUGUGCUCAGGACAGCAAAGGACCACCUGGACCCUCAGGACCACCGGGUGGUCCUGGUAUCAGAGGUUCAAGAGGAGAUCGGGGGGAGCCAGGCUUGACGGAGACUGCAGGGCAUUCACACUUUGUUUCAGCAGCCCGGCUGAUGGGGCCUCAAGGGCCACCUGGUGAGAUCGGACCUCCAGGACCGCAGGGGCCACCGGGUCCUCAGGGGCCGAAUGGACUGUCCAUUCAGGGGCCACCGGGGGCUCCAGGAGAAAAAGGAGAGAAGGGUGAAAUAGGUCUGCCAGGUCCUCAGGGUGUACCAGGUGCCAGUGGAGGACCAGGCCGAGAUGGACCUCCAGGACAGAGAGGCCUACUGGGUAAGGAUGGACCCCAGGGAAGACAGGGCCCUCCAGGACCAAUGGGAAGCCCUGGAGCUCCUGGGGCUCCAGGACCAACUGGAUCUCCAGGGCAAAUGGGUGAUCAGGGGAUAUCUGGGCCUCCUGGCGCCAAAGGCGAACGAGGAGAGAGAGGUAAUAUGCAGUCUCAGGCCGCUGUCCGUGCCAUAGCGCAACAAGUUUGUGAACAGCUAAUUCAGAGUCACUUGUCUCGCUACAACUCUAUUCUGAACCAGAUUCCCAGUCAGUCUGUUUCGGUACGAACAGUACCAGGUCCACCGGGUGAAUCUGGUCGACCGGGACCUCCGGGGCCACAGGGAGAGCAGGGUUCUCCUGGCAGACCGGGAUUCCCUGGAGCCAGUGGGCAAAAUGGCCGGCCAGGAGAGAGAGGUCUCCCAGGAGAAAGGGGAGAGAAGGGCAGUCCAGGGAUUGGGACACAAGGCCCUCGUGGUCCUCCAGGGCCCCCAGGGCCUCCUGGAGAAGGUCAGACAGGAAGUCAGGGCCCUCCAGGGAGACCUGGAAUUCAAGGCACCUCAGGACGUUCAGGUAUCCCUGGUAGCCCUGGUCCUGCUGGACCCCCCGGCUACUGCGACCAGAACUCUUGCAUCGGAUACAACGUUGGAGUACAACAGUUACCCCCCAACCCCUACCAAAACUACGGCCCCGCCACCAACGACAACGAUGAGGAGGAAAAGGACCCUUACGGUGGCUACCGUGCCUACCCUCCUCAGUACUAUCAACCCAGCUAUCCUGACCCCCAUGCCGCCAGGUUUGGCCCCGCCCACCCUGGUGACACGGUGGGGAUGAGGUCACCUGGCACGCAUCGCUUCUCCCGCAGCACGGCCGAAGAGGGGAGCGUCGACGAGUCGAAAGUGCAAGUGAAGGCCAUAUAGCUCGGGUGGCCAGCCCCAGCAAACAGACCGUCCACAUACAAACACUCUUCAUCAGAAUAUCCUGCAGGAUAGGACUGAGGGAAAUCCGAAAAGUGCCUGCUAUAUGCAUCCUUAUGAUAUUCAUCCAGUGACUUUUCUGUCUUUUGUGAGGCUGCAUGUAGCCAAAGAGAUGAAAAGCAAGAUCAAAGAAGGAACACUGCAACAAAAAAAAACAAUUUUCGCAAGCAGUAUUUUUUGUCUGGUUGUCCAGUAGAAAUAU